GAAAAAAGUCACCAAGUUUCCAAACCGUGAAAAGUCACCAAGUUUUCGAACCGUGAAAAAAAUCACCAAGCUUCCAAGCCGUGAAAAGUCACCAAUUUUCCAAAUCGUGAAAAAAGUCACCAAGUUCCCAAACCGUGAAAAAAGAUACCAAGCUUCCAAGCCGUGAAAAAACACCAAGUUUUCAAACCGUAAAAAAUUAAUAAAAAAAAUAAAAAUAUGAAGAGUGUUCAAGUGAUCCGUCUGCAGCCUGAUGAGUGGCAAACUCAUGAUGCCGGCGAAUUAGACGCAGCUGCCGCAUUGCUUAUGCUGCGCUAUCAGUACAACAUCAAGAUCCAAAGAGUUGGUGCUGCAACUGAAGAUUCCGACGAUACGAAGCCGCCAUCGCCAGCUCCACCGCCGCCACCGGCUCCGGUGACAGCCACUGUCGUGGUGCCCAAGGCAGGCAUCUCUGCUGCAGCCGUCAACAACAACGGGAACGCAAAGGUAAUCUUGGCGGGUAAACCAAAUCUGGUCAUCAUAGCCAAGCCAAAAGCAGCCACGGCUGCUGCACCAUCCAAUAUGGUGGUUAUCUCCAAGCCAAAGGCAAUAAUUGCUCGCCGAGCUCUACCGGCUGCUACUGUCAAAUCAUUCCCAGCUUGUGGUCCGAAACCAACAACAGUUGCUGCUCUCAAGCUAUCUCCAAAGGCUGCUGCUGCUGCUAAGCCAAUUACAGUUGCUGAUUUUAAGCAAGCUAUGAUUACUGGUGCCAAAAUAAUUCCAGUUGCUGUUCCUAAGCAUAUUACAAUUGCUGGUCCCAAGCCAGUUCCAGUUGCUGCUCCUAAGCCAAUGGCAGUUGUUGCUCCCAAGACAAUGGCAGUUGUUGCUCCCAAGCCAAUGGCAGUUGCUGCUUCUAAGCCAAUGGCAGUUGCUGCUCCUAAAGUUGUGCCAGUCGUGGCAACCACAUCGGCAGUUACUGCUCCCACAGUUAUUACAGUUGCUGCUCCUAUUGCAUUGCCAGUCGUCGCCUCCACAUCGGCUGCUGCUGCCGCCGCUGCCGCCAAAGCAGCUGAACAGGACUACACUACACCCAAGGAUCAAAUUCGUCCAGCUGUCAAGGUCGCCUCAUCGCAGCCGCUGAAGAAACGCGCUUUGCCGCCGUAUUUGCUGCGUUACGCCAUGACUCCAGACUGCGCCACAACUGUGACCGACAACAUCAACACUACUCAAGCUGCUCCCAGCACAUCUCAGGCUGCUGCUAUCACUGAGAUUCAGACUCAAACUCAAGCUGCUGCUACCACAUCUCAGGUGGUUGUCACCAUUGCUCAGGCUGCCAACACAACUCAGGCUGCCGCUCCAGUUGUUGCUGCUCCGAUUGCUGCUGCUCCGGAAAUCUGUGGCUGCUGCUGCUGCCAAGUCCCAGAUUGCUGCUGCUAA